AUGGUUGACUCAUGGGACGUCUAUGUGGCAUUCUGUCAGCGAAGAGGUAAUGGUCCUUUGCAUUGGAUGCUUUUGCUUGCUAACCAUGGGUCGCUGCGUUGUACUUGGUAUCAUGUUGUCGGAGGUCCUACGCAACAUGGGGACUACGAGCGUAAGAUCCAAGCUGGGAAGAGAAUGGACAGUUUCGGUAUCUCGCGAAAGCAAUAUAUCGGCUCUAUUGCCGCAAGCGAGAUCAACAAGGUCAAGUCAGCGAUAGUAGCAGUCCCUGUACAAGAGUGUCAGCGCUGGACUGUGGAAGUGCUUGCCGGGCUUGAGCGCGAAUGCCUGGUCCCUUGUGGCACCAGCGUUGAUUAUAAUAAUCAGAUGGAGCCUUCCAAUGUUGAGAAAACUGAAGAUGGCUGGUCUUGCUCUCUGGAACUUCUACAUGACCUGAUUGUCGAAACUGAUAGCAACUAG